CACUAGGUGGUUUUGCAAAGGAAUAAAUUACGCGUCCAUGUGCAAUUCUUCGUUUACUGUCACUGUACAGGAUGCGUAUCGAGACGUGCUAUUUUUGUUCGUCUCGGAUUUAUCCGGGACACGGAAUUCAAUUCGUCAGGAACGAUUGUAAGAUUUUUAGAUUUUGUCGAUCGAAAUGUCACGCGGCAUUCAAAAAGAAAAAGAAUCCGAGAAAGGUUAAAUGGACCAAAGCGUAUAGAAAGACCGUCGGCAAGGAAUUGGCAAUAGAUCCGUCAUUCGAAUUCGAGAAGAGGAGAAAUAUCCCAAUGAAAUACAACAGAGAAUUAUGGACGAAGACCGUAGAAGCUAUCAAGAAAGUCGAAAACAUUAAGCAGAGGAGACAGAAUCUACACAUCAUGCAGCGUUUGCGUAAGGGUCGUACGCUGGAACAAGAAAGGGAUAUUAAGGAAGUUCAGCGCGAUUUGUCCUUAAUAAGGUCACCGGCUGCUGGACUUAAAGAAAGAAAGAAAUUGGAAGAGACGGCGGAAGAGGACGAAGAGAUGUAUGAGUCUAACGACGAAACGGAGGCACAACUUUUAGAAGAAAAUUAAUUAUUUUUGAGUUAAUGAAAUUUUAAUUCGAAGAACUUUGUAACGAACUGCAACGAUUGAUAUUUAACUGUAAGACUUGUACAUAAACCGAAGGAUAAAUUAGAAUUAAGUGUCUUUAACG